CGCUUUUGCAGAUGUACAUGCCUCACGCACACGGCUGAGUCGUCACUCCCAUAAGCAUGUAUCACUGUGAUGCUAUUAUGAACCUUCCGUAAUCGAAGCCGGCAAAGAGAGUUACCGACGCUCCCUGUUCUGCUCACACCUCGCGUGCUUUCUCGUGUCCCCCAUGCUGUUGAAGUACUACAUAUACGUGUAACGUACGUACUACUCUCAACCAUUCUACUCAUGUCUACGACAGACGCCACUCUAUCCCCAAGUGUGCCACCUGUUCCAUCCCGAAAUUCUGAGUCGGAUAAGACUCAGCUGUUAUGGUAUGAUCCACCACGACAUCCCUUUUGGUGUCUGUGCUUCAAGGCAUUGUGUUUGAUCGCUAUAUCGAAGCCGUCGGUCAACCACUGGGAUGACCUCAUAAAUGGUCGGAAAAAGGAGGAAUGGGCAGAGCAUAAGAAAAUGGUGACAGAUCGAUUAGGAAACAUGAACGUCACGGCGGGUCUGGUUUUGACCACAAGUGCUGUUUUUAUAUCUACUCAACCUCCAUUUCAACCUCUUAUGCCCUAUGCAAGCCAUGGGUCGUAUAUCCUUCAAGUUUCAUCCUUUGUAGCUGCGUUGAUCAGUUUGAUGACUGGAACUUCUGUCCUCAUCAUCUAUGACACUUGUUAUGGAAAUGCAGAUAUGAAACGAAUAUUGAAAUCGUUAAAGCGAUCCCGCUUGCGCCUCGUAUGCUCCCUUAUACUGAUGGCAUAUCCUUCCCUGGCUCUAGCAGUCUCAACAAUGGCUUUACUGACAGCUGUCUUUGUAGCUGGUUUCACUUCCGACAAGCUCUUCGUGAAAAUUCUGACUGCAGUGACAUAUUUAACACUGGUUCUUCUCGCUGUUCUCGCUGUAUAUGUAUUCAGCGCUCCUUGGUUUGACAGCAUAAACGAUCCAGAUCCUGCAGAUAGUCAUGAUCGGCCAAGCUCUGGGCCAAAGGGUGAUAGCGUGGUCUCCCACAGAGAAAUCGAGUACUCGGGCAGCCGCAUCAAGCCUCGGCGAAAGGAGCUCGUGUAGGGGAUCACGCGACCACCUGGUGAUAUGGAAGGAAACUAUUACUGUCAAUGAGUCUCGCUGUUAUGUUACUUGUAAUUUUGGUGCUCUUUUGAACUUGUACUUUGUCGUUUCUCCUAGAUCUGAGGCGCUAGCAGCUGCAUUCCUUGGUACUACAUCACGACGUGCACAUACGCAUCACUUCAUUUACAGGCGGCCUCCCUGUGAGCCGAGGCUCUGAGGAUGAUGAGAUGCCAGCGCGAGGCGUUCUUGCCUAACCACUGGCACCCUCCCUAGAGGUCAAGAGUGACUAGUGACUGGCCAUCUUGAUUUUCAGAAACUGGCCUGGGG